AUGUCGAACCUGGAUCCAGUUCUAGUUGGUAGGUAUUGGGGUCAGGCUGAUAUGGAAUGGGAUUUUGUGGAUGCAAUAGGUAGAUCGGGGGGAAUAGUAUCUACGUGGGAUCCUGGGAUUUUUUCAAAACAAGAUGUAAUAAAAAAUGAGUCCUUCCUAGUAGUGACGGGUCGGAUUGCUGGAUCCAAUAUAACUUUGAAUGUCGUAAAUGUGUAUGCCUCAUGUGACGUGGUGCGAAGAAGGGAAUUAUGGGAUGAGUUAAAAAGAACUAAAGGUAACAGUGAAGGGCUGUGGAUCAUGAUUGGAGAUUUCAAUGAAGUAAGAGAGGAAGUUGACAGGAUGAUAUCAAGGUUUGAUAGUCAUGGAGCAAUGAUUUUCAACUCUUUUAUUGCGGAAGCAGGGCUGCUAGAGUAUCAAAUGGGGGGCUACAAGUACACGUAUAUGCCGGAUGAUGGAUCGAGUCUGAGCAAAAUAGAUAGGUUGCUUGUGUGUGACGACUUUAUGUGCAGGUGGCCAACGGCAAAGUUUGAAGCCUUAUCUAGACACUUGUCGGACCAUAGCCCUCUCGUCUUAACUUGCGUGUCAAGAGACUUUGGCCCAAUUCCUUUCAGGUUUUACAAUAGCUGGCUAGAGACAAAUGGUAUUGACGAAGUGGUUAGAAAUGUUAUGGAAGGUAAUGGAAUUCGUGAAAAAAACAUGAAAGAAUUGGCAUAUAUCCUUAAGAAACUUAAAGAGGAGAUAAAGAAGUGGAGGAAAGAAUCAAAAGCAAUAGAAGACAAGGAGAUAGCAGAGACAAUGAAAGGGGUGGAAGACAUAGAAAGGGCAGCGGAAAAUCGUAGACUUACAACAAGUGAAAAGGAGAAAAGAAUAAAAAGAAAAGUGGAAAAUAAAAGAACAAGAAAGGAAAAGGUUGCUUGA